AUGGCCUUGAACUGUAGUUCCAGCUAUAUCACGUGUGGGCAUAAUGGUGCUGGUGAUAGUGCUUACUUAAUCUUGAUGGGUAAGGUCUUGUUUGAAGGUCACCUAAUUGUCAGAAUCCAGCCUUACUCGUCAAAGAUCAGGACUGUGGAUAUGUUUGCAUCAAGAUUCCUUUCCAUCAAGCCAAGAUUGUCAUUGGGCUCUUUCUCUUCUGUGGUUCGUCACCAAAGCAAGCUCUUCAUGAGCUCGGAGACCAGAAAAGCUAUAGACGAGGCAGUGGCAUCCGCCCCAGUCGUGUUGUUCAUGAAGGGAACACCAGAGUUCCCUCAGUGCGGUUUUUCGAGAGCCACAGUCCAAAUGCUGGGCCAGCAAGGCGUGGAUCCUGCCAAGUUUGCAGCCUAUAACGUUUUGGAGGACCCUGAGCUGCGUGAGGGCAUCAAGGAAUAUAGCGAGUGGCCUACUAUCCCACAGCUUUAUGUGAAUAAGGAGUUUAUUGGGGGAUGCGACAUCCUUACGAACAUGGCACAAACCGGGGAUCUUGCAGCGCUCCUUGAAGAAGCUGAUGCCUUGGUUCCAGAAGACGGAGAAUGA